AGAACCAAAUUACAUAUUCAACUUAUGGGCCACAUAAUGGUGUCCUAAUGCGACCUGUAUAAUUAAUGGUUGCGAAUGACUCUCACGUCUAACAGGACCAUGUGCAUACGACGACAAUAUACACUUUGAUUUCAAGAGUAAAUUACCAAGUGAGGUUCGUCACCAUAUAUCAUUUAAUUUUAUUGAAAGGAAACGAACCUUCCAUUUAAUUCCUUAACGUUGAAGAAUGGGUAGUAGAAAGAAAAAAAGGAUUCAUUAAUUCCCUACCAAUUCAUUCAUUCAUUCAUCUAGUUUCUUCUGGAUCUCUUCUCAUUGCCACAUGCCCUACAACAAGAUAUUUACAAUACAUAACCUUCAGAUCCAACAAAACAAAUAAACAUAAAUAAUUGCAUCAACCAAGUAACCUUUCCAACAUCAACAUUCAUCCAAAUGGAAUCGCGUUUCAUAGAGCUGAAACUUAUUUCGUGCAAAGACAUUAGAGCCUUCAACUUCUUCCAAAAACUAACCCUCUACGCACAAGUCUCAAUCUCCACAAACGAUCCCACGAAACAACUCACCGACGAACAAAAACAGCGACAGAGAACACCAACCCACAGAGACACCGACGAAGACGGAUCCAAUCCGGAAUGGAACCACCAAACGCGUUUCGAUUUAGGUUUUCUCUCUAACCAUUCAGAUAUCACCGAUUUCUUUUUGUUUUUCGAGUUUCGACACGACGGCGUCAUCCUCGGCGACAAGAUCCUAGGAGAGUGCCGUGUUCCGCUUUCCGAUCUAAUCCAGGACGUCGACGGCGUUGCGCGGUUUGUUAACUACGAGAUUCGUUCCGGCGACGGGAAGCCCAAUGGGAUCUUCAAUUUCUCGUACAGGUUGAACGGGAUUGGGACCCCUUCGUCGCAGAUUCUCGAUGGGAGAAUCUAUGGUUACCCUGUUCUUACGCCGGAGGAUUGUGCUCCGGUACAAUAUCCGGUAUCGGAGAUCGAAAAACCGUGUUGCUAUCCAAUGGCGCCGCCGUGUUGCUCUGUUCAGGAGGGACCGUUUUAUACUCCUGUUUCGCCUCCGGCGCCGCCGUAUGGUUCGUAUGUGUCGACCGGAGGAUAUAAUUAUUAUUAUCCACCGCCGCAGCCAUCGGUUUAUCCGUAUCCUCCUCCGCCUCCACAUGUGGAACAGGUUUACCCGCCUAUUGGGCCUGGGGCCCAUCCUUGGUCAUCAGGCCCGUACUUUGAACGUAGAUGGUGACAGACUGAGGAAUUGUUUAGUGGGCUAAACAUGAGUGGCCCAAUAUGUGGAUGACUCGUGACUGCUUUUUUGUUUUUUAGUAGUAAGCAUUAAUUAUGUGAAGAGUAUAUUUGAUACAAGGAACAAUUUUUUGUGAUAAAAGAAAUUUCUUCAUUGUUUGGGUUUUUAUCCCUGGGGAUGAGAUUUUUCAGUUUCUUUACAUUUUGUAUGUAUGUUUUGGAACUUU